UUUAAAUCAUCCAGUACUUUUUAUAUUUAAAUAAAAUUUUAUACAAACUUUGACAUAUUUAAUCUAAUUAUAAAUUUGUGUAUAAUCUUUUUAAAUAUACAAUAAAAAAUAAAACAAAAAAAAUAUUGUCCGCAAACUCCGUAGUAUAUAUAUAGAAGCAGCGUAAUGAUUGUUGAAAAAAACAAGUUGAGUAAUGAUUUAAUAUGAUUUAUUAGUGUGCUUAAUUGACCAAUUUUGUUUCGCUUACGCUACAUAGGUUUGAUUAUUUGUCAAUUUUAAUUAAGAAGUUAAGAUAAUGUCAAAAGCAGUUAAUAUUAAAUCAUAUAAUAUGUGAACUUACUUACAUAGUGUUAAUUCCCGGUUCUUGGCUUGUGCCAAAGGUGCAUUAGAUCUUUGAAGGAAUAUUAAAUUUAUUCUCCGUAAAAUAUUUAUUACAUCAAGUGUAACAAAGAAUUGGAAUAAAAACCAAAAGAAUGAGUUAAAUAAGUUUUUUUUGUAAACUUUGUUAAAAUUAAUUGCAUUUAUCAAAUUUUGAUUGGUUAAAAAUUAAGGGAAAUAGUUAAUCACAAAAAAUAUUACGUUUAUAGUUAAAAUUUAAUAAAUUUUAACUAUAUGCUUGAAAACUCUAAAACGGAUGAAGUAUUAGAAAACCUAUUUCAUUCAAGAUUUUUAUUUUAUUUUUAGUAUUUUAAACUUAUUAAAAAAAUUACUUUAAACUUUUUCUUUGCACCUCCAUUUAUGCCGUCGAAAAUAUGCAAAUUCUUUUCUCUUAUAUCCAAUGAACCAAUGAAUUAAAUAGAACUAUUUCUUUUUUCAACAAUUUUAUUACAUUUUUUUCACUCUUUAUAAUUUCAUCAUUAAUUACUAACCAUAAUAAUAUAUCCACAGAUUUUCAUUCUUUUUUAUUCAUCCCAACAAUUAUUAAUUUUGUGACAAGUAAACAAAUUAGUUUAUUUUUAGCUCUACCUAUAAUAUCCAUGUGACAAGCAAACAAAACAUUGGCCAAACCAACUUUUUCCUUUCACGUAAAUUAAAUUACAUCAUGUAACUUAUUCAAUUUUUAUAUUUAAAAAGUCAUAUAUUCAGUUAAAUAUACGAUAAAUAUUAAAAAUAUGUACCACUAAACACUUAAAAUAAUAUUAAUGUAUAUAAAAAAUUAAAUCAAACACCCGCACGGGCGUGCGAGUCAAGUUUUAGUUUUAAAUUAAAAACGAAAGCCUUUUUCAAAUUAUUAUUAAACUUACAAAAUUAUAACAUACUCUGUUUCAAAAUAAUCCACGUUUUUAAACUCAAAAAAUACAUUUUUAUAUUUUGAUACUUUUUAUUUGUUAAUAAUAGUAAAUUGUAAACUUCGUAAAAAACUGAAAGUGUAACAUACAAUAUCUACUUUUUACUAUUUUUUGAAUGAAUAUUAAAUUUAUUCUGCAUAAAUAUUUAUUACAUCAUGUGUAAGAAAUAAUUGAAAUAAAAACCAAAAGAAACAUUUAUUAAUUUAUUUUUGUAAACUUUGUUAAAAUUAAUUGCAUUUAUCAAAUUUUGAUUUGCUAAAAGUUGAGGGGAGAAGUUCAUCACAAAAAAAUACAUUUAUGAUUAAAAUUUAAUAAUUUUUAUUAAUAUAUUUGAAAACUCUAAAAAAUCAAUCAUUUUAAAACGGAUGAAGUAUUAGAAAACAUAUUUCAUUCAAGAUUUUGAUUUUAUUUUUAGUAGUUUAAACUUAGUAAAACAUUUUUACUUUAGACUUUUUCUUUGCUCCUCCAUUUAUGCCGCCCAAAAUAUGCAAACUCUUUUUUUCUUAUAUCCAAUGAGCCAAUGAAUUAAAAUUAUUCUGAGUUCCUAUAUAAAUACGUCAUUCUUAACACUUAAUUAUAAAAAUCACUAUCUCCUUAAAAGUAAUAAAAAUCAAUAACAAUGAAAUUUUCAUAUCCUCUAUCCAAACGAUUUUUUUUGCCUAUUUUGUCCAUACAAUUCCUCAUCAUACAUAGUGUCUCAUCAUUAAACCUUACUAAUGAGUAUCUCAACCACAAAUGCCUUCUUAAUCAAGGAAAAUAUAAGCUUGGAAGUAAGUACGAGAAAAACCUCAACAUGAUCUUUGAUGACAUUCGUACUAGUCAUGAUGAUAUAACCGGUUACUCACACUCAAGUGUUGGAAAAACGACAGCCGAUUUUGUUGUCGUCGUUACCCAGUGUCGUGGUGACUCUUAUGGGUCUAAAUGCCGUACAUGCAUUGACACUGCAAUUACAGGGUUUCGUAAGAGAUGUCCGAGUAACAAAGGAGGAAUAAUAUGGUACGAUCAAUGUCUUCUCUAUAUUAGUACGAUUGAAGAAAAAAAUCCAGUCACGACUAACUAUAAGAAUAUUUUUUCUAUAUACAACCCAAAUAACGUGAGGGGGGAUGCAAAACUGUUUGCCAUGAGGGUGAUGGAUUUUUUCUCUGAACUAACACUUAAAGUCCACAAAUCCGCCAAGCAUAGUCGUAUCAUAUUUUACGCGGCAGGAGAAAAAAAGCUUGGAAAAAAUAAAUUAUAUGCAAUGGUGCAAUGUUUAGAACAUAUAAUGGAUUGUAAAAGUUGUUUGACAUGGAGUAUCUCAAAGCUUUUCGAAAACAACAAUAUUAAACAAGGAGGGAGAGUUUUGGGUACGGAGUGUGAUGUAAGGUAUGAGCUAUACCCUUUUGUUAGGAGUUAAACAUUUUUAACUUAUGUAUUAGUUAUAUUUGCUUUCUUUUUUUUUGCUGGAAUGUAAUAUCCAUAAAUAAAAAGAGUAUUUACAGAAACAAAUCCAAAAUAAAAGAAGUUCAGAAGUUCAAAAUUGAAUAUUAACAAUGAUUUUCAACUGACUUGGAAUUCUUGAGCCUAUAACCCAACUGACUUGUUUUCACCCCUAGUAUCCGAAAGCUUUGCUUUAAUGACUUCAUUCAAUUUCUGAUAUGAUUAUGAAUGAUGUUUGGUAACUCACUUACUGAGUGAUCAUGAGGGUGAGGCUGCAUGUUCUUACUGACAUUACGUUCUCUCAAGAUCAAAUAUUUGGUUGAUUGAAAGUGAGUUUGGCAAGCACCAAGUCAUGCUCGUUUAACCUCGUACUUUAUAUUGUGCAUGGCAUGAUCUACCAAUCCAAGUUUUAUCUUCUUUCAGCACCUCAGAUCAGAACAUGUCCCAUAAUUUACGUGAAUAUAUUCAAUUCUGUUGAAAACUCUGAACCAGUUGAAAAUUAAAAUCUGUGUCUACAAGUGUCGUAUGUCUCCAAUCAACUUCGCGCAAGCAAGACCCAGCGCUCAACCUCCGCUCACUCGGCAAGCAGUUCCUCCCUUUCCUCAACAAAUCCAUCUCGAUUCUAUCCAAACGCCUCUCCGCCUCCGCGAAUUCAGAUAAUCAAUCUCGCGAUUCAGCGAGAGAAUCGUUCUCAGCGCAGUUAGCUUGCAAGCCUCACACCGUUCAGCUUCAGGCUUGGGGGUUUCACGAGAGUAUUAACUUCCAAGCGUUUAAGGUUUUAGAGAAGCUGAGAGGAUCCGAUGUUAGUUUGCCGGAGGUUAAAGACGGAGAGGCGGAGCUGGCGAUGGUUUUGGUAGAGGCUGUGACGGUUAUUUUUAAGGCUGUGGCGAUGAGUCAGCAAGGUGAUGAUAAGAUGUAUAGAAAAGUACUUGUUAUCCAGUACUUUUUAUAUUUAAAUAAAGUUUUAUAAGAUGUUUUCUCGGCACAUGCAAACAUAAUAUUCUUAUCUAUACUUAUUAGUUAUGUUAUGUCUAAUUUAAUCUAAAACCAUCAUAAUAAAUUAUUAUUUAUGUUUUUUAAAACUUAAAUCAAACAUCAAAGUAUUUAUAUAUGUCAAAUAUUUUUGUAUCAAAAUAUAUACUUAUUAUUGUGUUAAAUUUUUAAAACACUCAUAUCUUAGAAAUAGUUAAAAAUAUCUUUAUAUAAAUGAUUUUUUGACUAAUAUUUAAUUAUAAUUGUUUCGUAUCUUAAUUUUUUUUAAAUUUUAUAAUGAAAAUAUUGUUUUCAAAUAGCAACACAAUAGAUAUAAGAAUUAACUUAUUUUUUAAUUUUUUUAAUAAUUUUAUUAUAUUAUUUUAGAAUCAAUCAUUUAAUAUUUAAUAUAACAUAUAAAUUUUAUAUUAUUAAAAUAAAAUCUGCUUUUAAUUAUUUAUAAAAUUCAUUAAGGUAUUGUUUAAAUUAAUAAUUAGGGAAUCAUUGAGAAACAAAUAAUAAAUCAAUAACCUAGCUAAAAGUCUAAAACCUAAUAAAAAUAUGACAAAUAAAAAAAUUAACUAAAUUUUAAUAUAAAAUAUAAAUUUAAUAUUAUUUAAAAAACAUUUUUAAUAGAUACGAUUCAUUAAGGGUAUUUUUUUUAAAUUAGUGACUUAGCUAAAAACAAAUAAUAAAUUAAUGAUUUAGUUAAAACCUAAUAAAAACAUGACAAAUAAGCAAAAUUACUUAAGAAUAUGGAUAAUAUUACAAAUCAUCAAAUUUACUUUUUAAAUAAUGGUAUAGAUAGAUAGAUAGAUAGAUACAAACUUUGUCAUAUUUAGUCUAAUUAUAAAAUUAUGUUUUUUUUAUAUUAAAGUUUUUAUUUAUUAAUCAAAGUAUGAAAGAACAUUUACAAAGAAAGUGAUAGGGGACUAAAACUCUAUAGUAAGAUUUGGAGUUUUAAAUAAGAAAAACAAAACUAGUCCCUUCAAUGGACAUAAACUUCCAGCCAUCUGCGAAACAACCCCUCCAGCUUAUGGUUUCCAGUGUACUUCAGUGACAAUAUCCUGUUAGGGAUUGCCUUAUCAAUCUGCCUUAUGAUCGCAUCAGUAGAUAGACAAGAGCCUUGAUGCCUGCGAGAGUUACAUUCUUUCCAAACAAGAUAAGAGAGUCAUAUGAAAUACCAGUCAGAAGAGGAUAAUAUCCAGCUUGUGUCGGUUAUGCAUUAGCAGAGACUGCACUGUGGUAGUCCAGUCCGGUUAAACAGCAGUGCCUAGCAGGGUAUCUGUUAGGGUAGUCCAGAUUGUGAACGUGAAAGGACAAACGAAAAAAGGUGGUCCCUGCUCUCGUCUCGCUCACCACAAAACACACAACCUUGUGUGAUCCCCAUUGCCUCAUGCGAACUCCCGUAGAGAGUGUGCCCUCGAAUGCCAGCCAAACAAUGAAGGCAUGGCGCGUUACUCCUUGUGUGAACCAAACAAGUUGAUACCAAGACACUUCCGGGCCCGAACUCUAAUCUGAUCCCAAGUUGAAAAAUGAUCCUUGUAGUCCUCCUCAUUGUGCCUCCAUAGAACAACAUCUCUUCCCUUAGUGGCAUCCGGUUUCUGAGCAUUCUCAAUAGCAGAAUACACAGCACCAAAUACUCUUCGAACCCGACUUCUCAUUGCCCAGACCUCAUUUGUACACACUUCAGUCACUCGAGCUUGACGAGGAAUGCCUAAAUAACUCAGACCCAAAUCCGAUGAUACUCCCAGUACCUAAAAAUUUAAAACAAAAAAUGAUUGUCCGCGAACACCGUAAUAUAUAUAGAAAUAGUGUAAUGAUUGUUGAAAUAACAAGUAGAGUAAUGAUUUAAUAUGAUUUAUUAGUGUGCUUAAUGGACCAAUUUUGUUUCGCUUACGUUACAUAGGUUUGAUUAUUUGUAAAUUUUAAUUAAGAAGUUAAUAUAAAAUCAUAUAAUAUGUGAACUUACUUACAAAAAGUUAAUGUCCAGUUCUUGACAUGUGCCAAAGGUGCAUAAACACUAGUCCACAUUUAAUAUUAACAAAUAUUAAGUAGAUUUAUGGUCAUUUUUAAAUUAAAAGCGAAGGAUUUUUUUCCAAAUUUUUAUUAUACUUACAAAAUUAUAACAUAUUCUGGUUCAAAAUAAUCUACGAUUAAAAAAUCAAAAAGAUACAUUUUAUAUUUUAAUACUUUUAUUAGUUAAUAAUAGUAAAUUGCAAACUUAGUAAAAACUGAAAGUGUAACACAUAACAUCAACUUUUUAUUUCUUUUUUUCUGAAUGAAUGUCAAAUGUAUUCCGCAAAAAUAUUUAUUACAUCAAGUGUAACAAAGAAUUGAAAGAAAAACCAAAAGAAUGAGUUAAUAAGAAAAAAAUUGCAAACUUCAUAAAAAUUGAUUGUGUUUAUCAGAUUUUGAUUGGCUAAAAAUUAAGAGGAAUAGUUCAUCACAAAAUUAUACAUUUAUAAUUAAAAGAUAAGAAAUUUUAUUAAUAUGUUUGAAAACUCUAAAACAUAAAUCAUUUUAAAAUAAAUGAAGUAUCAGAAACCUAUUUCAUUCAAGAAUGGUUCACAAAAUAUUUUGUAUGAGUUUGAUUUUAUUUUAGUGGUUUAAACUUAAUAAAACAUUUAUACUUUAGACUUUUUCUUUGUCCCUCCAUUUCUGCUGCCGAAAAUAUACAAACUCCUUUCUCUUCUAUCCAAUGAACCAAUCCAUUGAUAUUCUUCGGAGUUCUCCUAUAUAAAUAUGUCAAUCUUAGCACUUCGUUAUAAAAAUCACCAUUUACGUAAAAAGUCAAUAACAAUGAAAUUUUCAUAUUCUCUAUCCAAACGAUUUUCUUUGCCUAUUUUGAUCCUACAAUUCCUCAUCAUACAUAGUGUUUCAUCAUUAAACCUUACCAAUGAGUAUCUCAACCACAAAUGCUUCCUUAAUCAAGGGAAAUAUAAGUCUGGAAGUCAGUACGAGGAAAACCUCAACUGGAUCUUCGAUGAUAUUCGUACAAGUCCUUAUGCUUUAACCGGUUUCUCACACUUAAGUGUUGGAAAAACACCAGCCGAUUUUGUUGCUGUCACUUCCCAGUGUCGUGGUGACACUUAUGAGUCUAAAUGUCGUACAUGCAUUGAUACCGUAAUUUCAGGGGUAAAUAAGCUGUCAUAUAUUUAAAUAUGAAGAUUACAAUUUUUUGAGUGAUGUAAAAUGUUAUCUUUUAAGCCAAAACAUAAAUGUCUACGUGAAACAAAACAAGAUUGGAGUAAUUCGUAAAAAAUAUCAGCUGACAAAGUUUGACAUUUGUUAAAGAUAGGGAUGAGACAACUAUCUAAGUAGAUGGUAUCUAGUGAGAUCCGCUCCGGCACCACUCCAAAUAUCGAGAUAUCUGGAAGAUCUGGUCUGUAUUAUUGAAUCUCAGAUCAAUAAAUACCGGAUCGAGAUUCAGAUAUCUUGAUUUUAAAGUCUGGAUAUCAUAAUUAUGUAAGUAUAUUUAAAAUAUAUGUUAUUAAUAACUUUUUGAAAAUAACAUAAAUUUUGAUAAAAAUGUAUUUUAAAUUAUUGUAAUAUUAAUUUUAAUUUUUAAAAUAUUAUAUUUUAUUUUGGCAUAUUUUGUUUUGUUUUAUAUAAUUCUAUGAAAGUUAAUUUUAACGUUAUUAUAAACGUUUUAUCAUUAUUUUUAUGAAAUUGUGUCCAAAUAUUAAAAUCCAUUGCUAGCUUAAUAUUUAGUUUGAUAUCUAUUAUCAUGAUCUCACAAAAUCGCGAAUAUGAUAUGGAUAAUCAAGCAUGGUUUUUACGGAUCUGAAUAUCCUAAUAUUUAUGAUAUCCAAAUUCGUCUAAAUUCUAGUUAUAUAAAUAUCACAAUUUAUCAUAAUAAAUUGUGUAUAUAUUGAAUUAUAUUGAAGAUGUUUUAUUAAAUGCUACUAUGUUACUCAAGGUUGCAAAUUAUAUAUAUAAGGGUGGUUCUGUAAAUCCUUAAUUAUUGACAUUCUCCAAAUCAUCAAAACAAUCUUUUGCUAUACAAAUAAAUAGGAGAAUAGAUCUUUUACUGAAAUAUUAAAUCAUUAUUUAAAAUGAUAUAAAACAUACAUAUAUAUGGUUGUAUAUUGCAGUUUCGUAAGAGAUGUCCGAGUAACAAAGGAGGGAUAAUAUGGUACGAUCAAUGUCUUCUCUAUAUUAAUACGAUCAAAGAAAAAGAUCCUGCCCCGACUAAUUACAAGAAUAUUUUUUCUAUGCACAACCCAAAUAACGUGAGAGGGGAUGCAAAACUGUUCGCCAUGAGGGUGAUGGAUUUUUUCUCUGAGCUAACACUUAAAGUCAAGAAAACCACCAAGUAUAGCCUCAUAUUUUACGCGGCAGGGGAAAAGAAGCUCGGAAAAAAUAAAUUAUAUGCAAUGGUGCAAUGUUUAGAACUAACAAUGGAUUGCAAAGGUUGUUUGACUUGGAGUAUCUUAAAGCUUUUCGAAAACAACGAGAUUAAACAAGGAGCGCGAGUUUUGGGUACGGACUGUGAUUUAAGGUAUGAGCUAUACCCUUUUGUUAGGAGUUAAGCAUUUUUAAGUUAUGUAUUAGUUAUAUUUUUUUUUGCUGAAAUGUAAUAUCCAUUUAUCAAUAAAAAGAUUGUUUACAAAAAACAGAUCCAAAGAAUUUGUUUAGAAGUUCAAAAUUGAAUAUUAACAAUGAUUUUCAACUGACUUGGAAUUCUUGAGCCUAUAACCCAACUGACUUGUUUUCAUCCGUAGUAUCUGAAAGCUUUGCUUUAAUGACUUGCUGAUAUGCUUAUGAAUGAUGUUUGGUAACUACUUACUGAGUGAUGAGGCUGCUUGUUCUUACUGAGUACUGACAUUACGUUCUCUCGAUAUCAAAUAUUUGGUUGAUUGAAAAGUGAGUUUUGAAAAGCACCAAAGACAUGCUCGUUUAACCUCGUAUUUUUUAUUGUGCAUGGCAUGAUCUACCAAUCCAAGUUUUCUCUUCUUUCAGCACCUCAGAACAGAACAUGUCCCAUAAUUUACGUGAAUUCAAUUCUGUUAAAAACUCUGAACCAGUUGAAAAUUAAAAUAUGUGCCUACAAGUGUCGUACGUCAUAUCCUAUUUGAGAAUUUGAGGUUGUUCAAGGUUGAGAACUUGAGAUGCUCUUACCAUGUCAAAAAGGAAAUUUCGUUAUCCAUGGAAACAAGUGUCGUAUGUACAUGGAAUGGACUUUUAGAAUCAUAUCCGAGCCCAAAAAAACAAAAACAAUCUUGUACAAGAAACCCAUAUUCGGAUCCAAAGAGAACCUCUCUACAAAAAUGUGCAUCUUCGAUGUUCCGAAACUUCUCACAUAAUUCGAAACCACAAAAAAUGACAUCGUUCGAUGCCGUACGUCUCCUCUCUCUAAUCGAAUCCUCCCACGUUGGCGAUAUCUUCGCCUCUGUCUCCGAUUACCUCCGACCUUUCACCACUCUCCAAUCAACUUACCCAGGGCCGGCUCAACGGUGUUAACGGCCCUGGGGCAAAAAAAAAAUUAAUUUCUAAAUUAUUAUUUUUAUUUAAAAAAUCUGAUAGAUAUAUGUUUUUAAGUAUUUUUAAAAAUAAAUCUAUGGAAAUAAAAAAAAACUUUCAUAUAAAAAAAUUUGGGCCCCUUUUCUUAUUUUUAAUAUAAAAAUACAUAUAUUUUUUUUAAAUCGGGCCCUUAUCUAUUAAGAAAUAGGGGGACAACUGAUUGGAUCCGGGGCGGUCGCACCGCUCGCCCCCUAUCUAAGCCGGCCCUGAACUUACCGCAAACAAAACCCAACACUCACCCUCCGGUCCCUUGGCAAGCAGUUCCUCCCUUUUUUGAGAAAUAUGUGAUCUUAAUUACGAGGAAUUAAUGUCCAGUUCUUUGCAUGUACCAAAUGUGCAUAAGCACUACGAGCAUCUUCAAAGACUCUAUUUUAAAGUUUUUACAUUUGAAGUAUUAUGCUCUUUUUUCAAAAUUAAAAUUUCAAACUUAACAUCAAAUUUAUUUGUAUUUUACUCUAUGAUCUUUAUAUUUGUUAUAAUUAAUUUAAAUCCAUAAAACUUUUAUAAAUAACUAGCACAUAUAUAAAAAUACAAUAGCAAUAUUAAUUAAUAAAAUCUUGCAUUAAAUAUAAAAUUAUAAAUAGAAAUACUUAAUUAAAUAUUAAACUACAAGCAAAAUACCACAUUAAUGCUCUAUUUUGGUUAAACAAAAUUUGUUUGGACAAUAUUUUUGAGAGUUUGGAGAUUUCAGAGCAAAUUUACCAGACUACUCGUGUUGUUGUAAUAUUUAAAUUUGUGUAAUAAUAUGUAUUCAUGAACUUUCUAAAUUGUUUUUAGUUAUUAAGUUUGCUUUGUAAUAUAAUUGUUGUUUAAUUCUAGUUUUAAAUAAUACAAAUUUAUUUUUAAAAAAUUAUUUAAUUUUACGUAUAAAAAUUUAAUUUAUAAAGAAAAAUUUUAAAAAUUUAUGAGAUAUAAAAAUUUAAGGAUUAAAACGAUAAAUAAAAAUGCUUAAAAUUAUAAAUGUAAUGUGUAAUUAAUGUA